AUGGGGAGUUUCAAAGGUCAUGCCCUCCCCGGAACCUUCUUCAUUAUGAUGGGUAUUUGGUGGACCACCAGGUGCAUUCUGAAGUAUGCCUGCAAAAAGCACAAACGGACUUCCUACCUUGGCUCCAAAGUAUUAUUCCAUCGAAUAGAAAUUUUUGAGGGAAUCAUGAUAAUCAGCAUGGCUAUCACUGGCAUGCUUGGAGAGCAGUUUAUCACUGGAGGGCCCCACUUGGCCUUAUAUAACUAUAAAGAGGGCCAGUGGGUCGAACUCCUGAGCUGGCACCAUUUCACCAUGUAUUUCUUCUUUGGGCUGCUGGGUGUGACAAACAUCUUAGGCUUUUUCAUCAAUUCACUUCCCGCCUCCUUAACCAAGUUAAUGUUGUCAAAUGCCUUAUUUGUGGAGGCUUUUAUCAUGUAUAAUCACACUCAUGGCCGGGAAAUGCUGGACAUCUUUGUGCACCAGCUGCUGGUCUUGGCCAUCUUUGUGACAGGCCUGAUUGCCUUCUUGGAGCUCUUCAUACGGACCAAUAUCACUGUGGAACUUCUUCGGACAAGCUUUAUCCUGCUUCAGGGGAGCUGGUUUUGGCAGAUUGGUUUUGUCCUUUAUCCCCCCAGUGGAGGUCCUGCAUGGGAUGCAAUGGAUCAUGACAACAUUAUGUUUCUUACCAUAUGCUUUUGUUGGCAUUAUGCAUUAAGCAUUAUCGUCGUUGGAAUGAUUUAUGCCUUUGUCACUUGGUUGGUUAAAUCUCGACUUCAGAGGUUCUGCCCCUCAGAAGUUGGACUCCUGAAAAAUGCUGAACGAGAACAAGAAUCAGAAGAAGAGAUGUGAUUUUGAUGGGCAUUUAGUCUUUCUGGA